GUGAGUCAGUUUGUCAAAAUGUACUUUCUGUGUGGGUUUGUGCGUUAGUGUGUAUGGGACCCUUCCUGCAUGCAUCUGUGUGUGUGUGCGCAUGUGUGUUUCGUUCUCUCUUGGCGCAGUCAUGACAACAUGACAAAAGCUGCCCUCGCCAAGCUCGCCAUCCUCGUCGUCCUCAUCUUCAUCAUUUGUAUUCCAGAGUUUUGGUGGCACCGAGGCCCGAGGGUGGACUUCCUGUGUGUGCCGUGCCGUCCUGCCGAGGAGUGUGGCUGGCUGAGGGGGAGGCACCCGGAGGAUUCUGGAAGGGAGACGGGAAGGGGAGGACAGUGUGAUCCCUGCCUGGCCCCGGGCAGCGAUCAGCCCCAGCCAGAGCCUGUGUGCACCGCCGCUGACGGGGGCAACGGGACGGAGCCAGGGUCAGACUACGGGGGCAGUAAUGAGGACCCUGGCAACGGGUGGUUCAUGUGUGAGACGGAUAUGGAAGAGGCCUAUUUUAGCGGCAGCAGCAACAUGUCAGACUCACCGAAGGAUCUGGAGGUGUGGAUGGUGGUGCAGCUUGAAGAACCUGUUCACCUGAACUUGGUCCUGUACGAUCAGCGCAACACCACCUCCUCGUACCUCCACCCUGCUGCGGAGCCGGAGGAGGAGGCGGACGACAGACAAAAGGCGUUCUACUGCUGCCGCCCUCCGCCAACUGUGCCCCAGCCGGCCAAUCGCAGUCGCUGUCUCAUUCAGUUGGCUAAUGGAUCAUCUCUGUCUAAAGCGGGAAAGCAAGUGCUACCAUGGGAACUGACUGGGAAGAAAGACGAGUGGGGGAGUGUGUUUAGAGCGCUGUGGAUGGCUCUAGUGGGGCUGCUGCUGCUGCUUGUACUCACAUCACUACUGGCUAAGGUCUACCGGAAAAGGGGGAAAUCCAAGGGGGGCCCACUUUGUGGCUUGUACAAAGAAUCGCGUCUGAAUGGAUCGUGUCCCUUAGUCGACACCCCCUCAGGAAUUGUCCUUGGCACCCUGGGGUUAACACGCUGGACAGUCCCCGACACGCUUCUAUCUGGACCUGUGGACGGUCAUGACCCAUCUGGAAGUUUCACCGCACGUCUCCACCACCGGGGGCACCCUUCCCUGUCCUCCAUCAGUGAGGUCGAGGGUUUGUGAAGCAUCAUGGGGCUUCUCCUGUGAACUCAAGACUGAACAGGGACCAAGUAUAAUAAACAUGGCUGCUACUUCAUUUCCCUCAAAUGCAAAUCAAACUUGAAACGACAAUGCUUAAAAGAAACUCACUCCAAACACAGUAUUGAUUAUUUAUGCAAUAUAUUUGGGUUUACACAUUCUCAGUCUAAGGGCACUUCAUUACAGGAUUACAAUAAACAUUACACCAGAGAAAUAGUGUCCAUACCCAAGUUAAUUUGUCAUUGUAACUUCAUAUGUAAUUCCUACUUUAAUGGCAAAAGUGUAAUUUAUUGUUCACGGCUGGGGGAGCGUCGAGAUCAUGUUUCGAUUAAGUGACGAGGCUGAAUGGAUUCCAGAACUAAUUUAGCAUUGGAAUAAUUGAUUCUCCUUUGGUUUAGCAUAGUAGCAGCACUGCAAUACAUCACUAGAGACCCAUUUACUGGCAUCCUUAACACAAUGGGAAGACCCAUGUACAGCCUGAACAAAACCUUGUUAAUUAUAUAGUAUUAAUGGAAUCACAUUGAGUCAAAUGACCGACACACACACACACACACACACACACACACCAAAACAAAACA